ACUGCUUUCAUCCAGGCAGCAUUGUGCCACCACAUGCAGCCCGGGCGCAAUUCGACAGUCAAUCGGAGCGCAGGACUUGUCUCGACGGGACACGUACUGAUAUCCUGGAUACUAUCUUCACCUGGGCAGCCAAUCGACAUCCGCCUGGCGACGCAGCCAAACCCGCCGAAAGCUCCGCCUGGCUCCAGUCCAGUAUCCUCUGGCUCAACGGCCUGCCUGGCACGGGCAAGACAACGAUCUCGUGCACCAUCGCAAAGCAACUUCAUGCUCGCCGUAUGUUAGGCGCAAGCUUCUUCUGCUCUCGAUCCGAUGCCGAUUGCAGUAAUGCUUCGAUGAUUGUCACCACCAUCGCCUACCGCCUCGGACUGUUCUACGAACCUUACAAGGACCGAACCACAGAGAUACUCAGGAAGGAUCCCGAUCUCGUAGACUCUCAGGUGUCGCGUCAAUUCGAAGAGCUCAUACUACAGCCACUGACGCUCCUCCGUGACGCUUUCCCUCCAUGUGUCGUGGUGAUCGAUGCACUCGACGAGUGUCAACAGCCUCAAGUCACCUCCACGAUUUUAUCUACCCUGCUGAAGCAUGCAGAGAGCCUCUCGCCACUGCUAUUCUUCGUCACCAGCCGACCUGAGCGGGACAUUGUCGCCACAUUUGACGAUCCUAACUACCGCGAUUCAUUCGGCAAGCUCCUCCUACACGCGAUCGAAUUGCAGCCCGUCACCACCGCAGACAUCAAGCGGUAUCUUACCGUGUCCCUGUCAGAGGCCAGGCGGUACUUUUGUCUGUCGGAGCACUGGCCCAGCGAUGCCGAUAUCGAGACACUCAGCAAGAUAGCCUGCGGCCUGUUCAUCUUUGCCGCGACCGCCGUCAAGUUCAUUAGGGACCGUCACUACAGUGACCCAAUUGGACAGCUAAAAAUGCUCACGUCCGCCGCAAACUCACACGGCUCCCAUCAGCUGCUUGACCAGCUAUACUUACAAGUGCUCGAAAAGACCCUCGCCAACAUGUCGGCGAGUCUGUCAGAACGACUCCAGACGAUCCUUGGCUCGGUCGCCGUCAUCAGGGAUCCUCUUUCCCCAUCCGCCCUCUCGCGACUACUCGGUCUUUCCACUGACACCGUGUGCAGCUCCCUCGUCGGUCUUCACUCUGUCCUCGUCGUACCGGAUAAUCAAGAGUCUAGGGGAAAUAUCCGUAUCAUCCACCCGACCUUCCCCGAGUUCCUGCUCGACCCGAGCCGCUGCACAAACCGUGCAUUCACCAUCAACUCGCGGCGGCAGAACACGCUCCUGCUACGCAAGUGUCUCGAUGCGCUGAAGGAGCUGAAGCGAGACAUUUGCGACAUCCGGGACCCAUCGCUGCUCAACGCUGAGGUUCUCGGCCUGCUGGGCCGGAUGGAGAGCGCGAUCCCGGCACACCUGCGGUAUGCAUGUCGGCAUUGGUGCACUCGUCUACUCAACGGCGAGCUGUUGGACGAGAUCCUGGACAUGCUUCUUUAAUUUGUACAAAGGCAGCUGCUACACUGGGUUGAGGCCUGCAGCCUUCUUGGAUUGUUGAGGGACGUCAUCUCAGGCAUCAACGAGGUCCAGCAGAAGCUCAGGGUGAGUGCACCUUGC